AUGGGGGAUGACGAUUCUCUCUUUUUUGUGGACAAUUGGGUUGAUGUUUUGGAAAAAUAUGAUCACAAUAAGUAUGUUUACAUUGGGGGACAUUCAGAGUUUUUUAUGUCUAAUAUUUGGUUCUCAUUUGAUCAAGGAUUUGGUGGAGCUGGAUUUGCUUUGAGUUAUCCUCUUGUUGCAGCAAUGGUGAAAGAUUUAGAAGGGUGUCUAAGAAGAUAUCCAUAUUUGAACUCAGCAGAUUUGAUUACUCAGUACUGUGUAGAUGAGUUGGGAGUUCCUCUAUCUGCUGAGAGAGGGAUUCAUCAGAUUGAUCUACACGGUGAUAUAUCAGGUUUUUUGUCAUCCCAUCCACAAUCUCCAAUACUUUCCCUCCAUUUUGACCAGAUAGAACCUAUCUUUCCCACCAUGAACCGUUCCCAAUCUGCAAACCACCUCAUGAAAGCUGCGAAAACCGACCAGUCCCGUAUGCUGCAACAAACCAUCUGCUACCAAAAACAAACCAACUGGUCUUUUUCCAUUUCAUGGGGCUACUCUGCCCAUAUUUAUGAGAAAGUGUUGCCAAGAAGUGUUUUGAAGAGACCACUUGAGACAUUUUUGCCAUGGUUAGAUCUCAAACACCGACCAUACUACAUGUUCAACACACGGUGGCCACCUUUUGUUGAUUCGUGUGAAGCUCCUCAUGUAUUCUUCUUCGAAUCCAUUGAUAGUUCCAUUGAUAGUUUUGAAGGGCACAACCAAAUUGUUAUGACUUAUGUUCGAUCCAAGCCACGGGGUUUACCAACUUGUUCAUUGAGUGGGAGUCGUUCUGCUGAUUCUAUCUCCAAAGUUCGGGUCUUCUCGCUGGCGACAAAGCUCCCUAAGAUUGGAAGAAGUGAAUGUUGUGACGUUGUAAAAGUGGGUGAGAACAACAUAACCGAGAUCAAAAUCAGAACUUGCAGGGAUGAUGAGAUAAUUGCUUAAUUAGAUGUUGUGAUCUUAAUUUCUCAUUUUUUUUUUCCACGCAAAGAUACACCCUGCAAAUCUUAUUAAGAGUUAGCAAAUUCUUAGCUUGGUUAGGAUCAAGAUCAGCUAUAUUUCUUUAAUUUGUUAGACUAGGCCCAAAUGCUAUGUUUGGUUUAUGAAUUUGAAUAGAAAUUUAGAAAAGAAAAUAGAAAUAAUAGGUAAAAUAUGAAUAAAAUAUAACUAUCUUUCACA